AUGACCUGUUACUAUGAUGAAGAGUCUGAUGCACCUGUUUAUGUCCCCUUUUUCCGAGACCAAGCAGAAGUGAAGAGAGCACAUGCAAAGCAGUUCAUAAAAUACCUAAAAGAGCGUCAGAGUAAAAUCUGCCUUCUGGUGACUAAGAGGCCUGAUGUAGAGUACUGGGGAACUGACCUGCAAGCUAUAGUGAUUGCUUUGGAGAUGGAAAAAGAGUUACACAAGCACCUGCAAGAGCUGAAGAGCUUGGCUUCUAAGAAUAGUGAAACUGAUCACUUAGAAUUCCUGAAAAACUUCUUGGGUAAACAGAAAAGGAACAUAAAGUAUCUGGAAUACCAGCAUAGCUAUCAGAAGGAAUUAGAAAGGCUGACUGUGGAGGAAGGCACAUCUGGAGAGCCUGCAGAAGCAUCAGGCAGAGGCUUAACCUCUGAAGGCAACACAGCAAGUCCUCCAUUGUAG